AGUCUCCCCUCCGCGACGGCCGUUCGGACACAUUCGGACAAGAAUCCCAAUUUCACACUCGCUGAGCGUUCGCCUUUCCAUCCGGACUCGUUGCUUGCUUGCGCUUGGCUUCGUGCAGGGGCAGCAAAGGGGACACACAUAGCAAAACCGAAGGAGAUAUUGCGUUGGGUUGCACUUCACCUUCACACUCUUCGCCUCCGGAAUAAUGUCCAACCGAAAAGCUGCGUUGCAGAAGCUGCGGAAUGCGAAAGCAGCGGGUGUCUCCGCUUUGGAGGCCUACAAGGUAGAUGAACCCGACAAACUCGACGUCUACGACGAGGUAACGGAAGAAGAGUACAAUGCCUUCCGCCGUCGCCGCAUGGAGGAAGGCGGUGAUUUCGUGGUGGACGACGACGGUCUGGGAUACGUCGACUAUGGCCAGGAUGAGUGGGCGUCCGAACAUAGCAGUGAGGAGAGCGACGAGGAGGACGAUAAGGGCAAGGCGGGGAAAGGCAAGCGGAAACGAGGGAAAGAGAAUGAUAACAAACCUGCCGGCGGAAACAUUCAGAAUCUGUUCAAUCAACAAGCGCGGAAUCCGAAACCAAAGCCAAAAGUAGCUCCACGGACAGCCAUCUCCGACGCGACCGCGAAGGAUCUACUAGGGUCCAUUUUCGAAGAUCUCGACAAUCUCGACAACGAAGUAGACGAUCACGCGGCCAAACGGCAGAAAUCGGAACGUAUCUCGAAUGCCUUCUCGGCCUAUGUCACAUCGGCGCAGAAUCCGUUUGCGGCUUAUGCCCGGGGAUCUCGGAACACGAAUGCUGCUAACCCCGCGGUACCUAAGGAGCGUACCGUUACGAAGACCAGCGAACCCCAGGAGGAUUCUUCACCACCGGCUUUUGACAUGUCGGAUUUGCAAACGCAGGAGCCCCCACAGAUAGACGAGGAUGAAGUCGCGGACCUCCAUUCACCCGAAGCCGAUACGAGUGCAGUCGAAACGCAAGCACCCGCCCUCCCCGCACCCGUUACAGUCAAAGUAAAAGCCCUGCAAACCAGCACCGCCAAAAAACCCGCACUGAGCUUCGCACCUAAAUUCGCCCCAAAAGUGGACAGAGUCGAAGCCGAAGCGCGAGCAGAAUCAACCGUCGUCUCCGCGCCCGACAACGCCAACUGCCGUGGCUGGAUGUCGCUCAAGGAUGCGAUCCAGGUCCAGAAUAUGGAGCCGUCGCAAUCGAUGACGGAUGCGGGGUCGGCGACACAGUCAGGACCCGCGGAGUUUUUGGAGGAGGAUGGGUCAUUGAGGAUGUUCUGGUUUGAUGCGUUUGAUAGAGAUGGGGUUAUUUACCUUUUUGGAAAGGCCCAGAAUAAGAGGGACGGAAGCUAUGCGUCGUGCUGUACAAUCGUCAACAACAUGCAGCGGAACCUUUUUGUCCUCCCUCGCGCCCGUCUUCUGGACGACUCUGGCCACGAAACCGAUAUCAACGUGACCAUCCCCGAGGUAUACCGCGAAUUCGACGCUCUGCGCCGCCAACACCACAUCAAAGAGUUUGCGUCCGCUAAAGUCUCCCGCGCCUACGCGUUCGAAGUGCCCGACAUACCUGCCGAGUCGGACUACCUGAAAGUCGUGUACCCUUUCUCACAGCCGGCACUCCCCACCGGUCUCAGCGGUAAAAGUUUCAGCAAGAUUUUCGGAACCAAAACCAACGCAUUGGAGCUGUUCAUCCUGAAGCGGAAGCUGAUGGGCCCAUGCUGGGUCGAGAUCAAGAACCCCAGCAUGAUUAACCGCAACGUCUCCUGGUGCAAGCUCGAAGUCAACGUCGCCGACCCCAAAAGCAUCAGCCCCCUCAAAGACGAGCAGAUGAGCCCCACGCAGAAAAAGGCGCCCCCCUUCGUCGUCAUGAGUCUCACACUCCGCACAGUCAUGAACCACAAAAAGCACGUCAACGAGAUCGUCGCCGCCAGCGGGCUCGUGUACACCAACGUCAACGUCGACGGCGUCUCGGCGGAACAGCACCCGUCGCGGUUCACCGUCAUGCGACAGUUGAACGAGAUCCCGCUUCCUGCCGGGUUCCAUGAUCUGUUGCAACAGCAGCCGACGCGCAUCGAGGUGCCGAGGAAUGAGCGCGGGUUGCUGGGGUUCUUGAUUGCGCAGAUCCAUCGGAGUGACCCGGAUAUCAUUGUGGGGCAUAAUUUUAUUGAUUUCGAUUUGGAUGUGCUUUUGCAUCGGAUGCAGGCUUGUAAUGUGGAGCAUUGGUCGAAGAUUGGGAGGUUGAGGCGGACGAAAUGGCCGAAGCUUCAAACCGGAGCAGGAGGCACCGCCGACUCGACAUUCGGCGAACGUCAAAUCGCCAGCGGCCGCUUGCUUUGCGACACCUACCGCGCCUCACAAGACCUAAUCCGAUCCAAAUCCUACAGCCUCACCCAACUCGCCGCCUCGCAACUCAACGUCGACCGGCCCAACAUCGACUACGAAAAGAUCCCCACCUACUUCUGGGACGCGGGCAAACUUAUGGAGAUGAUCCAGCACUGCCAGUUCGACGGAUACCUCCAGGCGCAGCUCAUGUUCAAGCUGCAGAUCUUACCCCUUACGAAGCAGCUGACUAACCUCGCGGGGAAUCUAUGGGCGCGCACGAUGACGGGGGCCCGGGCCGAGCGGAAUGAGUACCUGCUCCUGCAUGAGUUCCACGAUAAGAAGUUUGUGGUGCCGGAUAAGACGCUCCCCGGAGCCAAGAUUGUAGUGGAUCAGCUGCAGGAAGGCGACGACCAGCCGGAGCCGGCUAAGAAAGCGGGUGCAAGCGCUCGAAGAAAACCGGCGUAUGCGGGUGGACUUGUUCUGGAGCCCAAGAAGGGCUUCUAUGACAAGUAUGUCCUGCUGCUGGAUUUCAACAGUCUGUAUCCGUCGAUCAUCCAGGAGUACAACAUUUGCUUCACGACGGUGGAACGCGGGCGUAAUACCGGUGGGCUUGUCCUAGGAGAUGAUCAAUUGCCCGACGUGCCCGACCCAGAGCUGCCCAAGGGUAUCCUCCCCAAACUCCUAGGCACGCUUGUCGACCGUCGUCGGGUGGUCAAGAACCUGAUGAAGGACCCUCGCGCCACACCCACGGAACUCGCGGGGUACGAUAUCCGCCAAAAAGCGCUGAAACUAACUGCCAACUCCAUGUACGGCUGCCUGGGUUUCUCGCACUCACGCUUCUACGCCAAACCGCUCGCGAUACUGAUCACUGCAAAGGGACGGGAGAUCCUCCAAGCCACGGUCGACUUGGCCGAGCAUGAGCACCUGGAAGUCAUCUACGGCGACACGGACUCGAUCAUGAUCCAUACCAACACCGAUGACCUGCAGCAGGUGAAGCGGAUUGGGAAUGACUUCAAGAAGGCGGUGAAUAAACGGUACAAUCUGCUGGAGAUUGAGAUGGAUGGGUUUUUUCAGCGGAUGUUGCUCUUGAAGAAGAAGAAGUAUGCGGCUGUUGCUGUUGAGGAGAAGGGUGGGCAGCUGGUGACGACGUUGGAGACUAAGGGGUUGGAUUUGGUAAGGAGGGAUUGGUGUGGGCUGAGUCAUGAUGUCAGUGGCUACGUGCUCAACCAAAUCUUCUCGGGCGCCUCGCGCGAAGAAGUGAUCGACAACAUCCACGCCCACCUCCGCAAAGUCGGGCUCGAAACCCGCUCGGGCCUGAUCCCCAUCCCCAAAUUCGUCAUCACCAAAUCGCUCACCAAGAACCCCGAAGAGUACGCCGACAAGAACUCGCAGCCGCACGUGCAGGUCGCCUUGCAGAUGAAGGCCAAAGGAAUCUCCGCCCGCGUUGGGGAUACCAUACCCUAUGUUAUCUGCAUCAAGGACAAGGAUGCCACCGGGGACGGAAAGUCGUCCACGGUGAACACCGCACCGACCAACCUGAUGGCUGCGAAAGCAUACCACCCGGACGACGUGGCCAACGAUGCAUCGCUGCGGAUCGAUUUCGAGUGGUACCUCGCCAACCAGGUGCACCCGCCCAUCGCGCGUCUGUGCAGCCCGAUUGAAGACACGGACGCUGGCCGGCUUGCGGACUGUUUGGGGCUGGAUCCGAGCAAGUAUAGGAAUGUGGGCGGUGGGGGUGCGGGUGGUGGCGCCGCGGCGGACUUGGAUGAGCUGUAUACGCUGGAUAGCCAAUUGACGGAUGAGGAGCGGUUCAAGGAUGUGGAGAAGUGGUGCCCGAGGUGUAGGGCGUGUGGGGAGAUGGGGGAGUUUAUGGGGUGUGUUCGGCGGGUGGACGACGGCACCCUAACCAGCUCCUUCGCCUGCCCGCACCCAACCUGCGGCACCCGCCUCAGCACCGCCUCCCUCAUCGCGCAACUCUCCACCGCGAUCCGCACCCACAUCCAGCGCUACGCCAACGCUUUCUUGAUCUGCGACGAGCAGGCCUGCGCGACCCGCACGCGCUCCAUGGGCGUCUAUGGCGAGCGGUGCCUUGUCCCGGGGUGUCAGGGCACCGUGAGGUUCGAGUACCCGGAUACGAGGCUGUAUACGCAGUUGAAGUAUUUUGCCAGUUUGUUUGAGACGAGGGAGGGGGAGAAGAGAGUGGGUGGGGAUAGGGAUUUGUUGGCCCAAUUCAACACCCUCAUCCGCCAAGACGCUGAACCCCUCACCAAAUUGGCCGCGUUCACGGACAGGUACCUGCAAAAGAACGCCCGUGGGUUUGUGGAUCUGCGGCAGGUGUUUGGGUUCUUGACCAUCAGCGGGAGCGGCAACAAGACGGGGGCGGGAACGGUUGGAGGUGUGGAAGGGCAGGUGGUUGCGGUAAAUGGGUGAAGGUGUUGAGGCGCACGGCGUAGCAGGAGCAGUUGUGCACUCCGUAUUAAAUGCGGAUACAUAAAUGUACACGCUUGGUAUGCGAAUGGAAGGGGUUUGUAUGUACAUACAUCUGAAAAUACAUAGGCUUGUGUAUAUCUGAGGGUGUGUGAACCCGCGUAAUAAUAACGCGAGAAACAACCCAAAAAGUGUUCAGCGGUGAAUUCACGUCCUCCGGUGAUCUCGGCUUGCCGCUUUAGUUCCAGCUCUUUCAGCUCAGCGGUGAGUUGAAUGAAGUCUUGUCCUGCGAUCUCGGCUUCUCGCUUCAAAUCCAGCUCUUUCAGCUACGCGGUGGGUUGAAGUCGUCCGGUGAUCUCGGCUUCUCGCUUCAAUUCCAGCUCUUUCAGCUCUGCGAUCUCGGCUUCCAGGUUCAGUUCCGACUUUUUCCGCUC